AUCAAUGGCUCUUUGCAUGAACUGUUUUCUGCAACCCCUUCUCGUGUGCAAAGCAAAGCAAAACGUAUCGCACUGCCGCUGCCAACGAAUUCCGACUAGAGUGAGAGGGAAAGAGAGGGAAGAUCGGAGCGAAGGGAAAUCUCUCGUAUCAAUUUGAACGACGGAAAAACAGCACAAAAGCGGGCAGGGGUGACAUUUUCUACAGCCAUUGGAAGAGAAACCUUCCCCUUGCAUCGAAAAUGGAGCUACCCGCCGCGGGAGAGCACGUCUUUGCGGUGGAGAGCAUCGAGAAGAAGCGGAAUCGAAAGGGGAGGAUGGAAUACCUAGUCAAGUGGCGAGGAUGGUCUCCAAAAUAUAACACGUGGGAACCAGAAGAAAACAUUCUCGACCCGCGGCUGCUUGACGCUUUCCAGAACAGGGAGAGAUACGAGCAGCUUAUGGGAUAUCGCAAAAGAGGGCCAAAGCCAAAGCACCUGAUCGGCCAGGUCCCGUCCUUUGCCCGGAGAUCUAGCGUCCUCUCAGGCCUUCAGGAGACCAGCGUGGACGAGGAAAACCGGCAGAAAGUGGACCCCAUCCAGACCCAGCAGUACCAGCUGAACAGCAAGAAGCACCACCAGUACCAGCCCCUGCUGGCCAAGGAGAGGGAGGCCGAGCAGCAGGCCAACGGAAAGAAGAAGCUCUACUACCAGCUCAACAGCAAGAAACAUCACCACUACCAGCCUGACCCCAAGAUGUAUGACAGCACCCAGUGCAUGAAGCCCAGGGAGGCCACCAAAGCUCCAGAACUGCCCACCAACCACAGCUGGAACCUGCCUCCCGCGCUACAGCAGAAGUGGGUCCGGGACAAGGACUCUGGCUGCCUGAGCAAAGUCAAGGAUAUCACCAUGGAGCUAAAGAAGCUUCCGGCUCACCUCAACGACCACAGUGGCGAAUCGGAGCAGAGCAAGGCCACGGCCAAAGAGGACGCACCGCUGUUGAAGGCCAACGAUGUCAGCGACAGCAAGCUGAAGAUUGUCAAGAACAAAAACAAGAAUGGACGCAUCGUCAUUGUCAUGAGCAAGUACAUGGAGAACGGCAUGCAGGCGGCGAGGAUUAAAAACGGAGAUGUGGAAACCCUUGACAAGCCGCAGCCGGACAAUGAUGAUGAUGAUGCUGCAGAAAAUCAACUUGAAAAGAUGAGGCUCGUCCAGAAACUGGGUCUCACCAACGGAUUCGCGAAAGACUGCAACAAAGACGUUAAGUUACACGCCCUCAACUCAGGAUCUAACGGAUCUAACGUAUUUAAGUGUCCUGCUGAGAAGGUCGACUCACCCAAAAUGGAGCUUAGUGCGACAGAGCAGCCCCUGAGGCUGACCACCAAACCUAACCUUGCCCCUUGGCCCUUUGAGAUGGGGGUUCAUAGAAGGACUCAGCCAGUAAACGGCUCUUCUCCAGCCUUCAAACGUCACCUUUCAGAGGCAGACAAGGGCGAGGACCGGGGUGGCUGUAAACGGUUUCUAAACUCCCGGAGUAUCAGUGCACCCUGCACUGUGUCCUCACCACCUCAGAGCAACUCCAUGGACCAAAAUGGCCACCAUAGCCACAAUGGCCACCAGGACUAUGACUUCCUGGAGUCUAACCAGGACGAGCCCAUGGACCUCAGCUGUGUGAGGUCCAAACGGGAGGCUCCAGUUCCCACAGAGACACAGGUGGCUCCUUCUGCCGAGGAGGAGAAGACUGCCGAACAGACAAAACCCCCAUUGGCUAUCACAACAGAACAGACAAAACCACCAUUGGCUAUCACAACAGAACAUACUGUGGAGGAGGAGCCUUUUCCUUCAUUCAAGCCUUUCCUUGGGAAUAUAGUCAUCACGGAUAUUACAACAAACUGUCUCACAGUGACAUUUAAGGAAUACGUUACAGUGUAACGAAGCUGAAAAAGACGAUCUGAGGACGAGGGAUUAAUAGCAAAUGUGUGAAUAUGUACAAAUGUGUGUUGGAACAUAUUGGUAUUUUCAGAUGUUUGAAUGUAAAUAAGAGCCCUUACAGUUUGCAUUUAGUGGGGUUGAGAUUCAUUUUGUUUCGGGUUCCUAACCCUUCUAUAAUUUGUAUGUACGUAGCUUUGGCUAUCAUUCUCUAAAUGAGCCCCAGAGUUGUUGUCAUACUUGAUGAUGUAAGCUUCUAAUUGAGUUACAAACUACUUUAGUAUAUGCUAUUUGACACAUGGUAUCAGGGCUCAGUGAAAAAGCACUUACUCUUGUAAAUAAUUAUUUACUUUUUAUAAAGGCUAUAUCCGUUUUGCUUUACAGUCUUUGUUUAAGGUCUACAUAUUGAGAAAGAAAAAGUCUAUAUAUUGAUUUUCGCUAAAUGACACUCUCUUUCAGUUUAUUUGCCUGUGUGUGGUGUUUGUGCACACAAGUGAAUACGUUUGUGUGUCUGUGAGUACAUGUGUAGUGAGGUUGCAAAAUGAUGGGCCGUGUGUGCGCAUGUGCAGUACCAUUCAAAAUUUGGACACAACUACUCAUUCAAGGGUUUUUCUUUAUUUUAACUAUUUUCUACAUUGUAGAGUAAUAGUGAAGACAUCAACACUAUGAAAUAGCACAUAUGGAAUCAUGUAGUAACCAAAAAGUGUUUUAGAUUUUAGAUUAUUCAAAGUAGCCACCCUUUGCCUUGAUGACAGCUUUGCACACUCAUGACAUUCUUUCAACCAGCUUCAUGAGGAAUGAUUUUCCAACAUUCUUGAAGGAGUUCCCACAUAUGCUGAGCUUUUCUUUGACUCUGGGGUUCAACUCAUCCCAACCCAUCUCAAUUGGGUUGAGGUCUGGUGAUUGUGGAGGCCAGAUCAUCUGAUGCAGCCUGGAGGUGUGUUUUUGGGUCAUUGUCCUGUUCAAAAGCAAAUGAUAGUUCCACUAAGCGCAAACCAGAUGGGAUGGCAUAUCGCUGCAAAAUGCUGUGGUAGCCAUACUGGUUAAGUGUGCCUUGAAUUCUAAAUAAUUCUCUGACAGUGUCACCGGCAAAGCACCAUCACACCUCCUCCUCCAUGCUUCACAGUGGGAACCACACAUGCGGAGAUCAUCCGUUCACCUACUCUGCGUCUCAUGAGAGCUAGUUUCAUCAUAGUGCUUGAUGGUUUUUUCGACUGCACUUAAAGAAACUUUCAAAGUUUCUGCAUUGACUGAGCUCCUUGUCUUAAAGUAACGAUGGACUAUCAUUUCGCUUUGCUUUGAGAUAUUCUUGCCAUAAUAUGGACUUGGUCUUUUACCAAAUAGGGCUAUCUUCUGUAAACCAACCCUACCUUGUCACAAUACAAUUGAUUGUCUCAAACGCAUUAAGAAGGAAAGAAGUUCCACAAAUUAACUUUUAACAAGGCACACCUGUUAAUUGAAAUGCAUUCCAGGUGGCUACCUCAUGAAGCUUGUUGAGAGACUGCCAAGAGUGUGCAAAGCUGUCAUCAAGGCAAAUGGUGGCUACUCUGAAGAAUCUCAAAUAUAAAAUAUAUAUUUGUUUAACACUUUUUUGAUUACUACAUGAUUCCAUGUGUGUUAUUUCAUCGUUUUGAUGACUUCACUAUUAUUCUACAAUGUCGAAAAUAGCUCAAAUAAAGAAAAACCCUGGAAUAAGUAGGUGUGUCCAAGCUUUUGACUGGUACUGUAUGUGUGUGUGUUUUGCAAGAUGGACAUAUUCAAACAAGGAAGAUAGAAGUCCAUUGCUUGGACAGAUCGUGCCAUGUGAGACGACAGGGAGAGCCAAACAAACAGGGCCUCCCGGGUCAAACUGCACAAGUCAAUGAAGGACCUUAGAGUUAACAUGUACUUUGCACUGUUGUAGGCUGGCUGAGGGGGGUGAAUGGCUGCUGCGAAGGGGAUGGCCUUAGCCUCUUAUCUGAGGUUAACGUUUAGGAAGAUAGAUGUUACUGGUUUCAAUCAUUGUAAAUAUGUGAAAUACCCACUAAUAUCAUUCAUUCCCUGUAGUGCUGUAACAAUGUGGGAUUUUAGAUAUCAAACAAGUCCCAUUGGCCUAGUUCUUUCUUCAAGAUCCAUAACAUGGAUAUGAUUAAUUUAAAAAAUAAUUCUAUGUUUAUAAUUGAUCCUAUUUAUUGUAACUAUUCAACAUGAAUGAGAAACAUGAAGGGAAGUUGGAAAUGAUCUAUAUAGUAUUAACUUUAGAAGGCCUUGUAGGCCAACUAACAAUCACUUUAAAAGGUCUUGCACAUCAACUAACAAUCACAUUGCAAUGUUGUAUUGAUGAAUUCACCUACAUGUCAUAUUCAGAAUGUAAACUAUGGGUGAUUAAAUCAACAUUUACAGUUAACCCAGGUGGUCUUUAAUGUUCAAUGCAUUUAAGGAAAUGUCCGGCUAUUCUUUUAUUCACGCCGUUUUCUUCACUCUCCGGUAUGACUAGACGUACAGAAGUAAUUAUGAGCGAUGUUCUCAUAGCCUACACUCUUAACGCUCAUGAGUUUGAUAGGCCAUUGGCCUUUUGUGGGCGUGUACCACUGUUAAUGUUUCAAUUGCAUUCAGUGUUUUCAUUUCAAGGGCAUGGUAUAUGGUACCCUAGGCUUGUCUGUAGUCUAUUCUGGUACCAUCAAAAAACAUGAGUUCAUGGGACCUUCUCAAUGUUCUGUUUGAAACCCCUUUGAGCACAUGGUUCUUCAAAUAUGCAUUGUAACUGCUUUAAGAGGGACUUUGUUGUUUAUGUGAGCAGACUACACUGAAAAGGCUUCUUCUGAUGUGUUUUGCAAGAAUAAAAUUGUAAGAAAGUUA